CCCCAUCAUCUUCUGCACGUUUCCCAUCCGUACUUCUUGGGUAUUUUCCUUGAUGUGUUGAAUUUGAGCUCCAGCAAAAUGGAAAGCCCCCCCCAACAAGCGUACCGACUUCCCGAGGCGGCAGUAUGGUUCAUAACCGGAUGCUCAUCCGGCAUUGGAAAAGCUCUUGCACAGCUUGUCCUCUCCGAGGGUAAUCGUGUUGCUGCCACGGCUCGCAAGCUCGGCGACCUAGCAUACUUGCCGGACAACGACUCUCGUGUCGUCAAACUCCUUGUUGAUGUGACAUCCCGACAAUCCAUCGACGACGCCAUUGCGACUACCUUGUCGCAUUUCCAGCGCAUAGAUGUGGCGGUCAACAACGCCGGGUACUCGUUGCGUGGGGAUACGGAGAACGCAACCGAAGACGCCGCUCGCCAUCUCGUCGACACCAUGUUUUGGGGCACGGUACACGUCACGCGGCAUGCGAUGCGCGUGAUGCGCGAGGUCAACCCGCAGAAUGGACCGCCGGGUGGCGUUGUGCUCAACGUCUCCUCGAUGGGGGGGCGCGCCGGGUUUCCGGGGAAUGCGUUUUACCACGCCGCCAAGUUCGCUGUCGAGGGCUUCACAGAGUCCGUGUCCAAGGAAGUGCGGCCGGAGUGGAACAUCCACUUUUGUCUGAUUGAACCUGGCGGUGUCAAAACAGACUACCUGAGUCGUAGCAUGAUCCAGAUCGAGCCACAUCCGGCAUACAGCGCCCCGGACACGCCCGCUCGAAUUCUGGACCAAUACAUGGAUGACCCAGAAGCUUCAAAGAACUGGGCUGACGUGGGCACCGUCAGCAAGGCGAUGUACACAAUCCUGACUCGCGGGAAUGCCAUCCCGUUACGGGUGCCACUGGGACCGGAUUCAUGGGGGGUGCUGAAGUUGGAAAAUGACAAGGCUGGACAGCUGUUGGACGAGUGGAAAGACUUUGCGGUCAGUGUCGGGAAAGAAGGACAGUUCGAAUCUCUGAAUUUCCUCCACCGCCAGUAGGUAAGGGUCAAUGGGGUAGAGUAAUGCCUGAAAU